AUGACGAUCCUCUCGCUCUGCCUUCUACUCCUCUCCUCCAUCCUCGCCCAAGCACACAUGAUCGAGCUUCCCCCUUCCUCAAAGGAAUGCUUCUUCGAGGACCUGAACCCCUCGGACCAAAUGACUCUAACCUACCAAGUAGGCGGUGGAGGUCACCUAGACGUAGACGUCUACCUGGAAGACCCUCAAAAUGUACGCCUCUUUGAGCACAAGCGUCGCGAUACAGGUACCUACUCCUUUACCGCCCAGCAUACCGGAAGGUACACGUAUUGCUUCAGCAACGAGUUCAGUCACAUCUCCGAUAAGACGCUGUCGUUCAAUGUGCAUGGGAUCAUCUAUGUGCCUGAUGAAGGGGAUAUGCUGCCCAUUGAGAGGCAGAUUAGGGACUUGGCGGCCGGGUUGCAGGCGGUCAAGGACGAACAGGAGUACUUGGUGAUCAGGGAGAGGGUGCACAGGAAUACUGCCGAGUCGACCAACUCCCGUGUAAAGUAUUGGUCAAUCAUCCAGGCCUUCAUGCUCCUAGGCGUAUGCGCAGUUCAAGUCGUCUUUGUCAAGAGGCAUUUCGAGGUGCGGAGAGCAAUCUAG